CUAGCACCGCGCGCCGCCGCCGUAUCACGCGUUCUCUAUUUAUAUCGACGACUUCACCUCCCCGCGUUUGUCUGCACUCACGCAAGCGCAUUGCGCACCUGAAACGCCGAAAGUGAAAAUUGCACAUCAUGGCUCAGAUAGGCCUCCGUGCAGGACUCGCGCCUCGCUGAUCAGUAAGGCGACCGCCGCAGCGUCAGCGCUGCGAGGAUGGCCGAUGCCUGCCCGGCGCCGCUGCGUUCCGAUACUGCGGAGCUCCUACGUCACACAUCAGCUGAGUCGGCGAGAGGCGCACGCUCGUGACGUCUCAUGUUCAGUGAAUCCCAACCGACUAUGGCGUCCACCAUGCAGCUAGAGUUCACGCAGGCGAUGACGGACUUCAAAACCAUGUUCCCGGAUAUGGACGACGACGUCAUCGAGGCGGUGCUCCGCGCUAACCAGGGGGCGGUGGACGCGACCAUCGACCAACUGCUAGCGAUGAGCACGGACAACCAGAACGAAAGGCUCCGCCUGGAGAUGGAACGCGUGGAGAGCAGCACUCCGCGCCGCAAGGAACGCCGGGCCACGGCUCGCGCGGAGAACGGCGAAGACAACGAUACCACGGCGCUUGUGAACACCGAUGACGACUCUGUCCCUCUGUCCGUACGAAGAAAAUGGGUUCCAAGAUUAUUGGGUCCUCUACCGCCUAUGUUCCUCCGCAUACCGCCUGGCACUGAUGCAAGAAUCGAUUUGAGUCUCGACAUGGAUGACGAUCGCAUUGCAACUUUCCUGCAGAAUGAGGAAUUCAUGGCAGAGCUGCGGUGGAAUCAGGAGUUUAUUGCCGCAUUGGACAGCGAACAAGGGAACAAAACCAAAUGUCAUGAUGAUGAAGCGGCAUUUAAGGAGAGGUUAAAAAACAUGGGUAAAAUGUCUCGCAAGAAAUUCGCGCAGUUGUCUCGAAUGUUCUCACGGGGGGGUUCACGCCGCAGCGGCACUGCGCGCGCACCCUCCCGCGGACCCCCUGACAGUCUGCUGCUACAGGAAGAGCACAGCGACGAUGACGACAGACCCCAUACACAAAACAUCAAAAUAUAACCCCCUCGCUGUGUGUAGGACUGAGAGAAUUGAAACUAUUGAUGUAACCUAAAAGGUUUAAAAUUGUGCAUUAUUUGUAGUUUGGACCCCGCAGUAUGUUUGGCCACAAGUAGGCUGAGUGGUCCUUACGCCACGCUUAAGUGAAAAAAGACUUUUAUCGAAUGGGCCUUAUAGGAGUUGCACAAGGUUUCGCAUAAGACUGGGAUUGCUUAGGUAAGGUUGCAUUUGUUUGUUGUUGUUGGAAGCUUUUACGGAGAAGAACGUAGGUGUACGUUAUUUAAUCGCCUGUUAAAUCAUUUAUUAGUUUUGUAAAUUUAAGCUGACUUCAAAAAUACAUAUUUGUUUUAAUCCUAGUUUCCCUUUUACGUAGGAACCUACCUUCGAAUACCGAUUUAUGUAUAUCUAAUAUUUAACACUAGUUUCUAAUGAAAUUCCGAUGAUUUCCUAAAAUAGGUAUUGUGUUGUGAAUCUAUAAAUUGUAAAUAUGUAUGUAAUAAUCGUAAUAUGAAAAAUCCUACCUUCCUUUUUUGAAGUUGGCUUAGUAUAGUGCGUACUUUGAUAUUGCAAUGAUAUUCAAAAUUGUAAAUAAUUGAUUGAUUGUUGUAUGUACCAGCUAUCUUCUUUAGGUAGAUUAGUUCGUUUCGUCUAUUGUAGAUUCUUAGCUGUGGCGUAGCUAUCUAAGGGCUAGGCGGUGCAAUGCUCCGGGGCCCUCAAGCUCAGGGACCCUCGAUUUUUUACCAGGAAAUCUCGAUCGAUCGAUUUGAACUUUCGAAAAUUUCUCCCAUUUUCGAAAUAAAUGUGACAGGUUGGUUGAUGUUCGUCCUAUUGCUCAAUAACUAACCUGCCCUGCAGCGCCCAUUAAACAGUUAAUAGCUCAGCAUUUUAAAAGUAUUAAUAUUUGUACUUGAUAAACCCUAACCAGUUUAAAUAGUAGUGGAGCCCCAUUUUUUUAUUUGCACCGGGGCCCUUGGUCACCUAGCUACGCCACUGAUUCUUAGGCGCUAUCUCCACGGUCUAGAAUGGAGCCGCGAUCGUCGGAAAUUCUCUACCGUCUUCAGUACAACUAUAAUUGCACCAGUUUAUCAUCGGGAAUCCCAACGGAGUGUAAAAAAUCACAGUCGUCAAGAUUUUGGAAUCGUUGCGUACCUGUUUGAUAAGAUGUAGCAAAAACGCGUAAACGUGCAGCGACAAGACUGCGAGAUGUGGCAAUCGCCGCAAGACUCAACGGAAUCACCGCAAGACUCAACAGAAUCACCACAAGACUCAACGGAAUUUCCGUAAAACUCGACAGAUUCGCCGCAAGGCUCAACGAUAACGCCGUAAGACUCGACGGAAUCACUGCGAGAUUUGAAAGUAUUGAAACGAAACACGACAAGUCUACGAAGAUUUGCUCGCCAGGUACUGUCAUUCGUCGUAACAUUAUCGCCCAGUGAAGACUGACCCAUAAAGUUUGUAUAGAAAUGUUCUAUUAUCUUGCCCGUGGAAAUGGCGCCUUACGCUAAGUCCAUCUAUUGUUUUGUUCCUUACGUCGAUUCGGUACUAGUGUCUGUCACAAUACACAAGAAUUCAAAAAUAUUCGUUGAAAAAAAUAUAUUUAUCGGUGGUUAUUUUUUAAUUUUUAUACAUUUCUUUGGAUUCAAAACACUGUAUUGUAUAUUGCUUUUUAUCAGGUAUUUUUUAUUAAAACUAAUUUGCCAUAGAGUAGCUACUGUGAUUGUCUUCAGUAGAAACUAUUGUUUACUUCUAAGCACUAUUUCAUGUCCUUGUAAAAUUAAUCACACCUAGGCCAAUACUCACGGCCAUACACUGUACUUUAACCAGUUUAAUAGUUGUUAAACGUAUAUUAGAUAUAGAAAAUUUUAUUUCAGUCCAACUUUUUUGUGCUAGUACCGCUAAUAAAAUAUGUGACACCAUUGAAAUAUCAUUUCUUUAUCCACAUUUAAUUAUUCUCAGAAGAAGAUGAACUUCUUCGUUACAAUAAAAAGAUACCCUUAAGAGCUAAUAAUAAUAAUGAUCAUUGACCAAGAUACCCUUAUAAUGCAUGGGUCUUUUGGUAAAUGGUUCAAAUAGGUCAUCAGUCCAAUCGUUGGGCUAUUCAGUCAAUUGAUCAAUAACUAACAUAAAAUUGCUGAUAAAAUAGCAUUUAACACGGCUGUUUUGGAGGUAAGCAAAAUGCAAUAUGUGCAUACAUAUUUCUAUUUGAAUGAUAUCGCUAUACUAAUCUUAUAGAGAGGCAAAGUUCAUGAGGGUGUAGGUUCAUACUUAAACGAUUUUUCAUUAAAAUUCUUUUACCAAUGGAAAGCUACAUUGUGUAUACAAUGUCAUAGGAGUAGUUGAGUACAGAAACGUUUGCGUUUUCUACUUAUCAUCAGAUAAUUAUUAAUUGGAAAAUGAAAUGUGAAGUUAUUUGUUCCGUUGAAAUAUUUUCAAGUAAACUCAGUUAUCAAGCACUUUUGACACUUCAAGUCUGUUUGUAAUAACUCUACUAUCGGUUCGGAAGUCAGAAUUAAGUAGAGCACAUUAUGUAGUAUUAGUAUACCUAGUUAAGAUAUAGUACAAAUAUUGUGAAUAUAUCGUGUCAAACAUCAAUUGUGAUCAGUAAGCGAUGCGCGUAGUUGCAACUGGAGAGAAUAACUGCUUUCCGACUAGCUUAUUUGCAUGCCUAACUACGUCCGACCAGUCAACCAUUAGGUACCAAGUAGGUACCAAUACAUGCUACCGACAGGGACGAUCUACGACACAUUAUGAGAAGUUAUUGCGUGGAUACAGGUGUCUAUAAGUACUGAUGAUAGAGUGAAUAUCUUAAAGUUAAUACACUUAAGCCUAUAGGCUAUAAUUUAUUAUGUUGAGCAACUAUACUUACGUAUUAACUUACCGUAAAGCGAUUUAUAACUUAAGUCUUGCCAUCCACUCGUGUAAAACCAAUGAUGUUAGAAGAAAAAAGAGGUAGAUAGGUUAUAUAAACCACGUUCGGUGUUUAUUAAUUGGCACACAAAAAAUAUUUCAGCGGCGUUGUCAACGGCGCGAUGACAGUGCGGCGACUGAGCUCAGGUUUGCUAAUUAGCAUAGUUUUAACGUGCCACUUGCGGUCCGCCAAUAACCUAUCUACGUCUUUUUUUUCUAACAUUAAUUGUGUACAACCUAUUAGAUAUUUAUAUACAUAUGGAAUAUUUAUAUAUGAUAAUGCAAAAAGUUCAAGGUAUAAAAUAGAAACGCUAUAUUUUUUAUCUCAAUAAAUAGUUAUAAAACCUAGUUUAGAAUCGGUAUAAAAACUUAGGCAUCGUUAUGGUAAUUAACUUUUAAUCGUGUUCAGGAAAACUCUCUAUUUUCUAUCUAUUUAGUAACUGGUUCCUAUAAUUUAUUAUAUUUUUAUGCAGAAACUGUG